AAAAUGAAUUCAAAAUGGCUGCGAUGUGUUCAUCGACAACAAAACUCUCAAGUUAGGUUGAUAUGCUUUCCUUGGGCCGGCGGCGGUGCAGCAUUCUAUGGAAACUGGGGAAAGAAAUUUACUAGGGAAAUUGAGGGUUUGUGUCAAUUUUUCUUCUUUUUAGUGUUAAAUUAAUACUUAAUGAGAACUGGUUUCCGAAUGACAGCUGCAAUUAUUCCAGUCGUUACCCGGCACUAAGCGAAUUAACUCGAAGGACAGAUACGCCAAAGAUUAUCAUCUCGCCAAUCUUUUUAGCAUUAAUAAAAUAUUUCAAUUUUAUUGAAUACUAUAUGAGAGAAAUAUGAACAAAAGUGAUCCAAUUUUUUACGUACACCGUGCGCAUUCUGACAGCAUAAUGACAACAUUUUUUCAUUUUCGGUUUCCGCCCCUGUUUUAAAGAGGCACUUCAGCAGAAGUGUACUUCCAUCUGUGAUGCAUUCUACUAAAGAAAUUGACUUUGAAUGCUUAUAUAGAUAUAUCUUUAUGCACAGCCCUAAGUGGUAGAUGUCAGUGGCUAAAAAUAAUGACUUUCUGUCUUUAACAAUCUAAAGGGAGACCAAAACCUGUCAAUUUUUCCCCCUAGCGAGACACAGAGCAUCCUCGUCCCUUUGAUAUGGGAGUUACCCCCCCCCCCCGGCACGUGCCACUUGAUGGGCAUGUUUCAUCAUUUGGUCUAAAUAUUAGUGACAGUUUCAUGUUAUAGAUCUUAAUGUAAAACUUUAAAGGGGUUCCCACAGUGUAACUAGAGUGGGGUAAUGCAAAGACGGGUAGAAUGGGGUAUGGGAACAUUUAGUUGUUAAAUUUGCCAAAUUUGUGCCUCAUUGUUAAUAUUUUACUGUCCACUUCUAUUAAGUGACAACUCAAAAUCCUGCGAUUCAAAGGUUGGUUACAGGACAUGGUAGUCCAUUUCUGGUCACUCUCUCUUUGUUAUGCUUUAAUCGGAGGUUGCUGCUUAUGGGAGUUGUAACACAGAUUGGGACCAUCUCUUCCUGGAACACGUCUGACAUCUAUUUACUCAAAGAGAAUUGUUGCCUACAGUUUCUGAGUUAGAAUAUGAGCAGUCUCAUGUUCUUCCUUCUAAAAAUCCUCUUAUACUCUGAGUUACAUAAUCUAUAUUAGCAAAUAAAGAAAUGAGAAAAUAUUUUUGGUCACUUAGAGGGAAAAAAGGUAUUGCUUUGUGGUCACUCACAAGAAGUGUUAUUUUACAAGAGGUUCCUACUAUAAUAGUGAUUUAACUAGGGAAAUUUUGAAAUUUUGGAAAGGCUGUUGCUUACGAAAGGUGGUUGCACAUAAAAGUCCAACUUCAGUUAUAUAAUUUUUGGUCUUGUUGUCUUUGUCUUAUCUACAGUGUAUGGGGUUUGUUUACCUGGACGUGAGAGCAGGUUUUCAGAGCCAUUUAAAACAGACUGGGAGUCUCUUGUGAAAGACAUUUGCCAGGAUGUGCAAGGGAUUCUAAGAGAAAAGCCUUUUGCUCUCUGGGGGCACAGGUUAGUGGCAAGUAGCUAUGGUAAAUGAUCAAAGUAAUAAUUGCCAACCAAGCAAGCUGCCAAUAUCUCUUCUUUGCUGGAUAGAGAUAGCAUGACCAAGUGGUUAGUCUCCCCAGGGGGGGUACCCCCCUAUAAGGAUCAUGGAAUUGCAAAUUAUACCUUUUAUUACUUGGUGUGAGGCAUGUGUGGCCAAGUGGUUAUUACACCUUGAACUCCGGAUCUGGAGGUCCAGGUGUCAAGCGUCACCUCGCCAUUGUUUCCUUAGACAAGGAACUUUACUCUACUCUGUCUCUCUUCAGCCAGGUGUAUAAAUGGGUACCGGCAACAUACUGGUGGGGGUAACCCUGUGAUAGACUAGCAUCCCGUGCAGGGGAAGUAGCAAUCCUCCUAGGAAAUAUAUGCCUUAUGCUAAGGAAACCAGGAUAAACUCCAGCUGUUUAGGGCUUUGGCUUGCGUGCACCUUUACAAUUAGGGGGUAAAUUUGCUAGUGGUUAGGGGAGGACUUGGAAAUGUUACAAGUGCGGGCCUCUAACUGCUCUGACACUUUAGAUGGUACAUAAUAAAACAUUUUUCAUUGGUGUCAAUCCCUGAAAGCUACAUUCAGUGGACCAACAUCCUUAUUAUUUUAAUAUCACUUCUGAAAGGAACUCAUGUGGAAUGAUUUUCCAGUAUUUUUAUUGUUGUCCCCUAUAGUCUAGGUGGUGGAAUUUGCUUUGAGGUAGCGAGACAUCUAAAACUGCAGUAUAACUUGCAGCCAGCUCACAUGUUGAUAUCAUCGGCAUCAGCACCUCAGGUUGGUUGCAGACAAACAUUCAGUUCAACAUUAUUGACCUCAUUCUAGUACCACUGUAACACUCUAGAUACAACUCUGUAUGGCAUAUAGUGCUCUGUUGUUUGUAGCUUUCUGUCAUCUCCAAAGGAUUUGAAAUUUUGAUUGUGUUAUAUUAGGGUUGGUUGGGUUGGUUAGGUUUCUUCAUGCUAUAAUGGGAAAAAAAGUUUUUGGUUGGUUUAACUGAUCAAGUAAGUUGAAAUGGUUGAAAAUGAUUGGUAGCAUCUGCUGAUCUUUUAGGAAGCGUGCAUCGAUUUUUAAUUGUUACAUCAUUUAAUGGGAUUUUGCCUUAGUUAGAACUUUCUGCAUAUUUAGUCAAGUCAUUCCAAAAUGAGAUUAUUAUAUCUGAUGUCUGUAAAAUUAGGCUAUUUGCAUGGUUUUGAUUAACAGUGAUUUACGGAAACAGAGACAAGUAAAAAAGAGAGUAAAAAGUCGAAAUUACCAGUUGCAGGUUCUUUUAAAAUCAUAUGGGUAUGAUCAUAUACCUUGCUUUUGUAUUGUUCAAACCUGAAGGAUUGAAAGAAAAAAUUUGAGACAGUAUUCUACUUUGAAUAAUAUUUCUUACAGGUUCCAAGGACAGUUCUUGAUGUUUCAAGUUUGAGUGAUGACGACUUAAUUCAAAAAAUCCGCAACUGGGGAGGAACACCAAAAGUCUUGACCGAAAACAAAGACAUGAUGAAGAUAGCUGUUCGUGUUUUAAGAGCUGACCUGACACUCCUCAAGAACUACAGGUAGCAUAAACUUGAAAUACCAAAAAUACAUUAGCACACUGACAGGAUGUAGUCAUAAAGAGGGAGGGGCUGCCCAUUAUAAAUCAUUCCAAAAGCUACCGUAACGCUUUUUUUCUUUAUGUAUCGGUUUCUGAUAAAAUGAACGACUUAAUCCAUUCAUACUGUAUCUUCAAUUUAUCAGUUACCGAAAAACUUCCUUCGAACCUACUUGCCUUUUUAUCAGGUCAUAUUUUAAUCAAAUAGAACCACACAGUCUAUCCAAAUCUUUGUCUGUUUUUCGGACAUUAAGCUCGGUUUCUCUCAAAGAGUGAGAUGUAUAGCUACUUAAACGCUGAAAAAGAUGGAAAUUUAUACAAUGCAUGUUCUAAAAAAAAGGUUCGCGUGGGGAGUGAGAAGAGAUCAAGUGAGCAGUCCAUUUUACUUUUUGACUGCAUAUUUGGUCUAUUUAAUUGAAAAUAUCGUUCGGUAAAGUCGUCUCUGAGUGUUAGACUCAAGAAAAUUGGCUUUAUCAAUUGAAUUGAAAAAAGAAAACUGCCCUUGUACCGUCGGUUGAGUGGCUCAGGUAUCACGCAUUAUAGUGUAGAUAAUCAUGUUUUGGCUGCGGAGACGCCCCUUCUCUUUUUGUCCAAGAUGCCGUAAUUAGUCUACCGCGACCGCUUCCUGACGACUGGGAACUAAUCAGAUGUUUCGGUGAUGAACAAUAGUCAGGAAAGUCGGGUGUUUUAAUAUUUAGAAGUAGGCUAAUUCUCUGAGCAAACCGCGAAUGUUGUCAAUUGAUUUGAGUUAGCAGUUUAUUGAUUUGCAUUCUAAUCUAAUAUCCAACUGUAGGUUUGAAACAAAUAACAGCAUAGUCUUGAAUUGCCCCGUUACAUGCUUCGAUGGCUCCACAGAUCUUCACGAUCAAGAUGGUAGGUAAUGUUUCUAUUCCCCGCGCCGACAGCGCAUUUUUUCCACUGCUAGAUUCUUAACUUACGAGCUCAAACUAAGCCGGGUAACCUAAGAAUUUUGUAGCUGGCUGGCUGGAAGUUUCAGCUUCACUUGUGGCGCCUAUAUCGCCGUGGUGUCAAUAUCGCGGGGGAAAUAAGUAAGGCUAUAUGGUCACGAUAUGGCGGAAGUCUUCUUCCACGCCCAUCGCGGAGCGGUGUCCCCCCUUUACGCCAUAUGUUUUCUUGUCAUGUUUUUACUAGACUUUAAUUUAAAGUCUAGCCAAAGGAACUGCGACAUUAUUGACUGUAUUUUUUCAUUUUUACCCUCUUCAGACACUUUCUUGGAAUCUGUUUGAAGACACUUCCCUCUCACUCAUAGUUGGUCCCUGCGUUGUUCAGUCAUUUUCUUUGACUCUCUGUAAGGCGGACACCCCCCUUAAAUGGACACUUAGAUUUGCGUUCUGCAGUUUCUUAGGCGGACAUCUCUCUAUGAGAUGGGUAGUAAGUACCAGACUCAACGGUGUAAAGGUGAUGUUACACGAGACGAUUCGCAACGACGAUUUUUAGCGCAACACAGCGUUGCAAUGUUGGAACAAUGUUGUGACCAUUCAAAACAAUGUCGCAGCAAUGUUGCCGCGCUGCAUUUCGCCAAAAUCAUCGUUGCGAAUCGUCCCGUGUAACAUCAACUUAAGUCUUGGAGCGGAGAGUUGACUGUAGACAGAGAGUCGAAGAGAAAGCCAUAGUAACAUCGAUCUGAAGGAUGAGGUCGAACACUUUAAGUUUAAUAGCCACAUCUCUAUUUUUUUCGUGAAUUACUUUCUAAUUAGAUUGUGUUUUUUUCUUUUCUUUUUUGUUCUUACAGGUUGGGCAGAACUUAUUCAUGGUCCUUUUAACAGACAUAUUCUUCCUGGUGGCCACUUUUAUUUCAUGGAAGGAGACAACGAAACUUCCCUCAUAAACCUUAUUUCUGCUGCAGUAGGAAUCAGUAGCUCUGCAAGCUAGAUCUUAUUUAAUUCAGCAAAUGAAUCCCGCCCAGAAUGUCUGGCUGGCUGUUUGAAAAAUCAAUUUGCAAGGGUCUUAUUAGACUACGCAGUCAAACCUCCAAUAACGGCCACUCUCUACAAUGGCCACUUUCUUCUGUCCCCAAGGUAGCCCUUGUGAAGAGGUUCAUCUGCAUACUGUGGAUAGGACUCGGCAAUGAGCAUUGCAGGAAGG